UUGGGUAGAACAUAUUAUUUAGCCUAAACAUAAUUUUACACGUCUCCAGCACCAAGGUGAUGAGCUGUCUGUUAAGGUGGGCAAGCCACCAAUACCCAACUCUAGGCAGUCAAUAUGCAGCUCAACUGAUAAAAAGGUUCACAAAAUAAGCAACUCUUUUUCUUGUAGCAAUCUAAACUCAUCAAGUCCUACCAAAAGUCCCUUGAAUUUCCUUGACAAAAUGCUCAGAAAGUUGUCGACUUUUGUCAAGUUUUUGCCUGCACUUCAAUUAAGCCUAAGCAUGCUAAAUUUGACCGUUGCCUUUUUCAUGCCUGAAUAAUAACUUGUGUGCUAAUUAACACUUUGUUUGGUGUGUUAGCUGAUCUUCUACCUCUCAUUCAAAACUGUGUUAGACAUUCCAUUUUCCUUCACUUUCUCUGCACAGUUUCCCUUCAUGGAAUUGCCAGUGAAGGCACCGGUUUCCAAUGACCGGAAAGCCUUUUCCAGAUUGGAAACCAAGAAUCUGUCUUACAAAUUAUGCAGUAACUUUGAUGAGUACUUGAGUAGGGUUGCUUAUUGUGGUGGGGUUUCGAAGAGAGGUCCUAAUAAGUUCAUUUUGGAAGAUGUGAGUGUUGAAGCUAGGCCUGGGGAGAUUACUGCCAUUGCUGGUCCCAGUGGGGCUGGAAAAACAACAUUGCUGGAGAUUCUUGCUGGAAAGAUUUCAUUGCAGAACAUGGCAGGUCAAGUGCUUGUUAAUGGCAGGCCUAUGGUUGUCAGUUGUUUUCGAAAAAUUUCUGGGUAUGUCACCCAAGAUGAUGCUCUAUUUCCUUUACUUACAGUUGAAGAAACACUGAUGUUUAGUGCACUUCUAAGGCUACCAGGCGGGCGCAAAGAGGCUGCCACCAGAGUGAGAGUUUUGUUGAAGGAGCUUGGACUAGAUCAUAUUGCAAGUUCAAAAAUUGGUGAAGGAUCAAGUUGUGGCAUUUCUGGUGGUGAAAGGCGAAGAGUUUCUAUUGGAGUUGAUUUAGUUCACGACCCUGCUGUUGUUCUAAUUGAUGAACCAACUUCAGGGUUAGAUUCAGCUUCAGCUUUGCAUAUAGUGACACUUCUUAAAUCAAUGGCGGUUAAUCAAGGCAAGACCAUUGUUUUAACUCUCCACCAGCCUGGUUUUCGAAUCCUGGAGUUGUUUGAUCGGCUUGUUUUGCUUUCAAAUGGAUUUGUCGUUCACAAUGGGACAUUGAAUCUUCUUGAAAAGAGGCUAAAGACUGCUGGUCACUACCUUCCUCGCCAUGUCAAUGUUCUAGAAUUUGCUAUUGAUGUCAUUGAAACCUUGGUUCCACGAAUUCCAGCAACACAAAACAACCACCAGUGUCAUCUACAGAGUAAAAAUGACAAAGAAGAUAAUCUUGAAAAAGGCCUGCCGAUUUUCUUACAAGAGAGAAGAAUUCUAAUGAGGGAGAUUUCGAGAGGAGCUUACCGUGUUUCUUCCUAUGUUUUAGCAAACACUCUCAUCUUUAUUCCUUUUCUUCUGAUGGUCAGUCUUCUCUUCACCAUUCCAGUUUACUGGCUAGUUGGUUUGAAAAGAGACAUUGAUGGGUUCCUUUACUUCUCCCUUGUGGUCUGGAUGGUUCUUCUCAUGUCCAAUUCAUUUGUAGCAUGUUUCAGUGCUCUUGUGCCCAACUUCAUCAUGGGAACGUCAGUAAUUGCAGGCCUUAUGGGAUCUUUCUUUCUGUUUUCCGGGUAUUUUAUAUCAAAGAACAGCAUACCUAAUUACUGGAUUUUUAUGCAUUAUUUGAGCUUGUUUAAGUACCCAUAUGAAUGUUUUAUGAUAAAUGAAUAUGGAGGAAAGGAAGGGAAGACAAGGUGCUUAGAGGUUCAGCAUGGAGAAUGCAGCUUAUAUGGAAGUGAGUUCUUAAAACAGCAAGAUCUGACACAGUCUAAGAAAUGGAUCAAUUUAACAGUGAUGCUGAGUUUCAUCAUUGGCUACAGAAUUCUUUGUUUUUCUAUCCUGUGGUUCAGAUGUUACAGAACAAGAAAUUAAAGAAAAAAAUUUACAAAAGAACAGGAGCAUACUUAUGUUUUCCCCUUCUCUUUUUUUCUUAUUCCCAAAUGCUUUUACUCAUCUAGAUCAGCAUCAUAAGCAAUCCAUUGUAUGAUCUUUAUAGACAUUCAUUAAUAAAGAAAUUCUUGCUAAUACUUAUUCA